AUGGUUGGGGCUUGGCUUCGGUAUCGAAGGAGGCUUCAGCAUCUACCUCUAAGCCUAAAGCCACUAGGCAAGAAUAAGAAAAAGGAAAAAGGAAGAGCUAGAGAGGGUGAUGGCAAGAAGGAGACUGCUGCUAGGAAGAAACAAAGGAUUGUCUAUGAGUCUACUAUAGCAUCAAGGGGUUAA